AUGUAAAUACUUAUGGAUGAGUAUAAAAGGAGUCCUCACAACCGGUACCUGUAAUCAUUUGGAGUUCAGGAUGUCUGUAGCCAGGGUUGUCCUGUUUUCAGCGGUGUGUAUCGGAGCAGUAUUCGGGGCGUGCAACCCCUCUACUGGCAAAACCUCGGCCACCUGCUCGUACACUGAGAGCUACACCGUGGCGUGUGGUGUGUUCAACUGGUCAAGAUGUGGUCGAACAAGAACAUCUUACAGAACGUGUGAGGUUAACUGUGCAGUGAAUGGCGGGUGGAGUGCCUGGGUAACCACUGGAUCAUGGUCUACCUGCAGCAAAACCUGUGGGGGUGGCACCCAGACAAUGAAAAAGACCCGCACCUGUACUAGCCCCAGACCUCUGAAUGGAGGGUCAUCCUGUUCUGGCUCCAGCACCGGUACAGACAGCAAAGCCUGCAACACACAGGCGUGUCCAGUAAACGGUGGUUGGUCGGCCUACAGCGCAUUCACUGCCUGGACACCAUGUCCUGUAACUUGUGGAGGUGGCACGCAAUCCAAGUCCAGAACACGCACCUGCAAUAACCCAUCCCCCGCACACGGAGGCAGCGACUGUUCCGGAAGUGACACAGAUGUACAGACCCAGAACUGCAACAUCCAGCACUGCCCAGUUCAUGGUGGAUGGAGCAGUUACAGUGCGUUCAGUGAAUGGAGCGGAUGUACCUUAUCGUGUGGCGGUGGCACCCAGCAGCGGUCACAGUCACGCACGUGCACAAAUCCGGCGCCACAAUAUGGUGGAAAGCAAUGUUCGGGCACCGCCACUAAUACAGAAUCCAGAGAAUGCAACACUCAAAACUGUCCAAUUCAUGGUGGAUGGAGCAGUUACAGUGCGUUCAGUGAAUGGAGCGGAUGUACCUUAUCGUGUGGCGGUGGCACCCAGCAGCGGUCACAGUCACGCACGUGCACAAAUCCGACGCCACAAUAUGGUGGAAAGCAAUGUUCGGGCACCGCCACUAAUACAGAAUCCAGAGAAUGCAACACUCAAAACUGUCCAAUUCAUGGUGGAUGGAGCAGUUACAGUGCGUUCAGUGAAUGGAGCGGAUGUACCUUAUCGUGUGGCGGUGGCACCCAGCAGCGGUCACAGUCACGCACGUGCACAAAUCCGACGCCACAAUAUGGUGGAAAGCAAUGUUCGGGCACCGCCACUAAUACAGAAUCCAGAGAAUGCAACACUCAAAACUGUCCAAUCGACGGCAGGUGGUCAGCUUAUGGUGCUUUCAGUGCUUGGAGCAGUUGUUCAGUUACUUGCGGAGGAGGUGUGCAAGACAGAUCGCAAAAACGCACGUGCUCUAACCCGGCUCCGAAUUACGGCGGAAAGAGUUGUGAUGGAGAUGACACAAACACUGAACAACAAGCCUGUAACACCCAUCCCUGCCCAAUUGACGGUGGUUGGUCUGCGUACGGAGAGUUCACUCCCUGGGGCACGUGUACCGUGUCAUGCGGUGGAGGUAUGCAAGAGAGAUCACAGACGCGCACGUGCACAAAUCCAGCUCCACAAUACGGUGGAAAAGUGUGCGAGGAUAAAAGCAGAAACAUGGAGGAACAAGAAUGCAACACCCACCAUUGUCCAAUUGAUGGUGGUUGGUCAGAGUUUGGAGAUUGGGAUGAGUGGGGGGUCUGUUCUGUGACGUGUGACGGAGGCUCACAGACACGUGACCGGAGGCGCACCUGUACUCAGCCAGAACCACAAUAUGGCGGGAAAGCUUGUGAUGGAAGUGAUACUGAUACAGACAGGCGUGAAUGCAACACAUUUAAGUGUCCUCAGACAAUCUGUAACGAGGCAGUGACGGGGUACAGGGCCCACCCCACCGACCUUAAUCGGUAUCUCCAUUGUAUAGACGGCCGUCUACACAUCGUCAACUGCUCGGAUCCGCGCCUUCAUUGGAACGAGCACAGCCAGACAUGCACAUUCCCCAGCGUUACAGACAGUUGUGACGAGGGGGAAUACGUCUCUCACUCCACGGACUGUACCAAAUUUAUCCAGUGUACAAACGGGGUAGGACUUGUUGUCUCCUGUCCUUUCGGAACUCGCUGGGAUAGCGAGAAAAAAGUCUGCGGAAACGAGGCUGAUGUUGAAUGUGCAUCCGACAUUGAAGAAGAGGACGACGAAUCAUCCAAUGAAAGCACAGAUUCUGAUACCUUUACCUGCCCCUCUCAGUUCGGGUACUUCGCCCACCCCAAGGACUGUACGAAGUACUAUCAGUGUUCAUGGUCCCAGGCCACGGAGAUUCAGUGCGGGGCUAACAUGGGAUGGGACGCCAACAUCUCAAACUGUAACUGGAAGACCCUGCUGAAGGACUGCGCCUGAUCGAUGUGGGCUCCCUUACAGAGUAUUGCAGCACGGGUAUAUGUGGACGUGCCGGUCUCUGUACUCUGAUGUUAUAUAUUUUCUGAACAUUUCAUAUUACAAAUAUAGUGAUGCACUUUUUAUAUUCCCCUAUGCAUUUAUCUUAGAUUUAUUAUGUAAUAAGACUUUGCAGUUACUUUAUGUUUCUAUCUUUUGUUUUUUAUAAUAAAUUUACCAUUUCUAUU